AUGUUGCCCUACCUCAAAUUCAACUCUAGCUACAGCCCUGCUAUCAGACUGUCGUGGGACAAGCGGCAGAAGACGCUAGCGCCGACGUUCAACUCGGCGGACUAUUAUUAUGCGCUGUUUUCGCAAAACGUGCCGCCCACCCUCCACGUGUUGGCGAGGCACUCUGGCGGCGGCUACGCGCAGGGCAAAGCGCCCGCCGCCCAGCUGUUGUCCGACCUCGAACGCAACGUGCCUAACGUCAGAGUGCUGCGCGUCGACGGCGGUCACGACGUGCACCUCACGAACCCCGAGAGGAUCGCCCCCGCGAUAGUCUCCUUCCUGGAGGAGGGAAGGAAAUCGAAGCUG